AUGUAGUAUUGAACACUCCAUUGUUGGUGUGCGCUCGCAUCUAGACUAUGGUGUUGAGUUUAAGGUGUGCUGCAUUCGUAUACAUUCUUUGACCUUUUGAAGAUCAUAAUGGCGAUUGCUUGAGAAAAUUAAUUUUCAGAUUCUUGGAUGAUUUGGUUAGAAUGUUGACAUUUUCAGCUUUCACUCUUAACCCUAAGCAAAAGCUUGCCUUGGCCAAGCAGCUGAAUCUUAGUCCCAGAAAGCUCUGUUUAUGGUUUCAGAACAGCCGUGCCAGGACUAAGACGAAGCAAACUGAGGUGGACUGUGAGUACCUUAAGAGAUGCUGCGACAAUCUUACACAUGAAAACAAGAGGCUGCAGAAGGAAGUGCAGGAGCUCAGAGCACUGAAGCUCUCCCCACAGCUCUACAUGCAUAUGAACCGUCCCACCACGCUCACCAUGUGCCCUUCAUGACAGCGAGUGUCUGUUCCUUUGGCAUCAUUGUCGCCUCCAUCUUCAUCUUCAGUCACUGCCUCAGUGAUUAGCCCCAUGGGGCCGGUCCAUAAUCCUUUUAGUCAGUUUGGACCAUCCAUCAACCCUUGGGCAAGGCUACAGAUGCAACAAGGACUGAACAAUUUGCACUCUUAAUAGCUUUUCUGACAUCUGUGCGGCGUGUGCCAAGGCCUAAAGCAAAGAGAAUCAGCUCAUCCUGACGAUACAUUAGCAAGUAUGACGUAGAAAGAUCCAAUGAUUGGCAAAAUAGAGUGUCUAUUGUGCUUUUUGCUGAUAAUAGGACAUUGAUUGCUGGGAUAGACAAAUCUUAUCCCUGUUUUUAAGGUCGAAAACAUGUAGGAAACAGAAAAGGUGAACGUUAGUUGUUCAUGAAACUUGUUCACUUAGGUAAUUUGAUGAUCUAUCAUGAUGUGGGUGAUUGUGGAAUCUAUUCAAAUGUUGAUGAA